AUGUCACAAACAACUUCAGUCCCAGGAGUCCUCUCCUCCUUCACCGAGAAAUGGUCCCCACGCCUCGUCGCCGCUAUUAACGACCACCACGUCAAAGUCGCCAAGAUCGACGGCGAAUUCAUCUGGCACGCGCAUCCGGACUCAGAAGAGCUCUUCUACCUGCUAUCAGGAAAGUUGACAAUGGAGAUUCAAGGGGAGGAACCCGUGGUUAUGAAGGAGGGGGAUAUGUAUGUUGUGCCCAAGGGCGUUACGCAUAAGCCUGUGGCGGAGAAUGCGGUAAUUAUGAUGAUUGAGAAGGAGGGUACUGUGAAUACGGGUGACCAGCAAGAUUCUGAGAGGACGAAGGAGGUUCAGGAUGCUAGGGAGGAAAGCUAA